UGAUGUCCAGCACAGAAGAGCUGGACACUUAAGAAUGCAGCAUCCAUGCCUUCUGUAUUCAGCUUUCAGAGACAGUUUCCAAUGGCAGUGCUUAUUUUUAUUUCUAUAUUUAUUGUAUUUCCUUUGUUAACACAGAUAUUACUGUUUGUCAGAUAUUAAUCAGUGUUUUACAACUUUUCCAUGUUAGAUAUCACAGUUUACCCCUUUAAUGAUACUUUGCUAGUCUCCAACCACUGUCAAUUCCAUAAACAUCAGAGGGUUGGUGAUGUUGUAAAGAAAAUAUUUGUUAAGUGUUUGAAUAGAUAUUGAAGUGCACAUGGUAUAAAAUUCCAAAGGCAUAGAGUGUGCAGUGGAGAGUAAGUCUCCUUCCUAUCUCGGGCCCCCAGUUUUUGUCUCCAGAGGUAACCAUUGUUAUCACUAUAUAAAAUCAUUGUUCCCCUGUUUCUUUGAUAACUUAUGACUAACAGAUUUCAAAAUGCUGUUUUGAGCAAAUGUGCACCAGUGAUUUUUAAACAUCUAACAAUUUUAAGUGUAUUAUUUUAGUUGUCAGCUUCUGUCUUUUCCUGUUUUUCUGCUGACCACUCUGAAAUGUCAGAGUGUUCAGGCCACUUUGUAGAGAGACCUUGUGGUUUUGGAGAUAAACAAAUAGAUUCGUUUCUAAGUUCCUUGAAGUCAGAGAUCAACAUGGUCUCUAAACAACCUGCCACAAUUACCGAUGAGUACUAGGUCCAUGCUAAUAUUAUACACCCAGGCUUAAGGAUAACUGAUAUUCACAGUAACCUGGUGCUUCAGAGCCUGCUCCUCCUAUGAGGUCGUACUAAUGGCAUAUUUUCCUCCCCAGUAUUAGAUUCUUAUUUGGUACCUUGCUGGUUGUAGCCCACACACCUUUAUGGCCCGUUUCUCUACAGGUUAACUGCUAAGGUUUGUGAAGUAACUGGUAAUCGGGCAGGCAGUGUUUGUAAUGGUUACGAGAGGAUGCAUUAGAGUUUGAGUUCUGUCUUUGACAUUGGAUUUGUGAUCUGGGCUGGUUUUUAAACCCUCUGAGAUUCAGCUCCCUCAUCAGUGAAGCAGUGAUUCACAGGGUUAUUUUGAAGAUGAGAUGACCUGUUGUCACCAAAAAGCAGACUGAGCUGCUCCUUGUGGGAACUGCUGAUGUUUUGACAAAAGAAAGUGGGAAGGUGGAACUACACAGUGGCUUUUAAGCUUCUGGUUGGAAGUGGGCCUUGUGCACAUCAUGACCAGUUUUGAAGAUGCUGACACAGAAGAGACAAUAACUUGUCUCCAGAUGACGGUUUACCAUCCGGGCCAGUUGCAGUGUGGAAUAUUUCAGUCAAUAAGGUUUUUUAACAGAGAGAAACUCCCUUCCAGUGAAGUGGUGAAAUUUGGCCGAAAUUCCAACAUCUGUCAUUAUACUUUUCAGGACAAACAGGUUUCCCGAGUUCAGUUUUCUCUGCAGCUGUUUAAAAAAUUCAACAGCUCAGUUCUCUCCUUUGAAAUAAAAAAUAUGAGUAAAAAGACCAGUCUGAUCGUGGACAGUAGAGAGCUGGGCUACCUAAAUAAAAUGGACCUGCCGUACAGGUGCAUGGUCAGAUUCGGAGAGUAUCAGUUUCUGAUGGAGAAGGAAGAUGGCGAGUCAUUGGAAUUUUUUGAGACUCAAUUUAUUUUAUCUCCAAGAUCACUGUUGCAAGAAAACGACUGGCCACCGCACAGGCCCAUACCCGAGUAUGGCACUUACUCGCUCUGCUCCUCCCAAAGCAGUUCUCCAGCAGAAAUGGAUGAAAAUGAGUCAUGAACACAGAAAGUCUAAGAGGAGAAAUAUGAAGAAUGAAAAGCUCUGUAGAUACUGUAUAGACACUACUUAUUAAGAGUUUAUUAGGGUUGUAUAUUAUAGUCAUCUGUUAUGCUAUGAAAUUUGGAAUUCAGUGUUAUCAUUUUGAAGCCUGUAAAUUGUGUUAGUCAUUAACUUAGUCACCUGUUGUAUUCCUGGAUCUACACAAAAUUAUUUUAAGUGCUUGUCUGUGAGGAUUAAUAUGCAAAAAGUAUCCUUUGAGAUGAAGUAGUGUUCUCAAAAUAAGGUUAUAUUGUUUUCUUCUGCUGCUUGAUUUUCAUCUUGUGUUUUGCUUUGUUUUUGUAAGGAACCAUCUCUUGGUUUGGUCACAUCAUUUCACAGCAGCCAUUUGUUUUUGAGGUCAAGGCUCCAAACAGGUUGUUACUGGUGUUUGCAGCAUGUCAGUACUUGCAGUACUGGAAUAUGUUCUAGGCUAGUGUCUGUGCGUCACUGUGGUUUUAGUAUAGGAGGACUUAUUUGAGAAAUACUACCUUGCUUUUCUAUGAUUUCUUUUUACAGAAUUAUAGUAUGUUUACUCCGAAGAUGACAGUUCUCUUUGUCUAUAUUCAGCAUCUAGGACAAAUAUUUAAACAUUUUAAAGAACCACUGUGUUAAGUUUAGGAUUAUUUACUUAUCAAAUUAGAAGUUUGACUUUUAUGUGUUAUACACAAUUUUAAAAUUUCACGAAUUCAUCUUUUUAAUAGUAUCCAUGUACAUAAAGUCAAAGUUUAAUUAACCAUUUUCUUUGAAUUUUUUUCUAAAUAAGGGAAAGAACUGUUCCUGGGCUACUUUACAUAGAUAAAUAUAUGUGAAUGUUUAUAAUUAACGCUAAAUAUUCCUAGUGUUAACUUCAAAAAAGUCUUUUUCAGUUCUUAAAUAAUAUUUUUUUAUUUAAGAUACUUAUUCAACUUAUCUUAACUAAGGUAGCUAGUGAAUGUUAAGUAGAUGAGGUAACCGUUCAGUUAAGUUAAAUUGUAGCAUUGCCAGGUAGUGAGGCUCGCUGUACAAUUUUCCAGGUAAAUGAAAUUUCCUGUAGUGAGAGGUCCAUGUUUUUGUAACAGCCUUUUAAAAAUGCUUUUGUGAACCCUCGAGCCUCUUACCAAAAGAGGCUUUAAACCUCAUCUUGAUUCAGAUCAUCAGUCUAUUCCCGGGCAAUAGUAUGUGAUGUCCAGCACCCUAACCCUGACUCCCCAGCCCUGGGACUGUUCCAGUAGAGUGAAAUAUUUGUCCCUGUACAAAGUGGCCUGAAUGACUGCUUGAGUUUGUGUGUCUAGUUUUCCUGCUUAUUCCCUGUGAUGCCCAGAGUAAUGGCCUACCCAAAGAUGUCCAGAGUUCAUGUGCUAGUCUCCACAACUUGUAACUGUGCUGUUACAUGGCAAAGGGGAAUGAAUGCUGCAGAUGGAAUUAAAAUAGAUUAUGCUGGAUUAUCUUGGUGUGCCCAAUUGAUCACCAGAUCCUUAAAAGUGGAAGAGAGGCAGAUCAGGAUGUCAGAGUGAUGAGGUGUGAGACGGACUUGACCUGCUGUCGCUGGAAAGAAGGAGGUCAUGAGCCAAGGAAUAUGGACAGUCUCUUGAAGCUGGAAAGUGUGCAUUGGACAUCUGGAAGCCAGAAAAGACAAAGAAAGAUCCAGAGAGGAACAAAGUCUUGUAGACACCCUGAUUUUGGUCCAGUGAGAUAUAUUUGACUUGUUAACCUACAAAACUUUAUGAUGAUAAAUUUGUGUUGGUCAUAA